AUGGCAUCAAAUAGUCAGGCAUCACAACCGGAAGAGCUUUGUCUUGUUUGCAAUGACAUUUCAACCGGCUACCACUAUGGAGUUCCGUCUUGCAAUGGAUGCAAAACAUUUUUCCGACGAACAAUCAUGAAGAAACAGACUUUCGUCUGCCAAUAUGAGAGUAAAUGUCCGGUCGAUAAAAGUAUUCGAUGCGCUUGUCGGCACUGUCGCUUCGAGAAAUGCCUUAAAGUCGGCAUGGAUAGAAAUGCAAUUCAACAAAAUCGUGAUCCAAUCGGUUACACAAAACGCACAAGAAGGUAUCCACCAGUGAAAAAGCUUUCAUCCUCGGACGAGCAAUCACCACUUGUGAAAACGGUUAGUCCAGAUCCUGUUGAAGCGGCGGAAGAUAUGGCUCUUGCCAGACUAGCAUCUUUAGAGCAACAAUGUCAACAACUUCGAGCAAGCGAUUUCCCCGCUCUAGACAUCACUUUGGGUGAAGCGGUUUCAUCGCCUUGUCGUCUUCUCGACACCAUUUUUAUGGCAAGGCACACGAUCCCGACUCAUCUCCCAACCAUACUGAGACAAGCCACUCAAGAAGACUAUGCAUAUUGGCAUGACAGAGAUUGGCGAAUCAUGAUCGAAUGGGCAAAGACGAUCCCCGCUUACCAACAAUUGCCCACAAGUGACAAAGUUGCUCUCCUUCGGCACUCAGCCAUCACUUAUCCAUCAUUAGUUUGGUGUUUUUAUUCGCCGGAUCAUGGCCCGGAAACAAUCGUUUUCCCGAAUGGCGCAUAUUUCAACAAAACGCCUGAGCCUCAGCGACCCGCUGGUUUCAUUCGAAGAAAGCAUCAAAUUCUUGAUCAAUUACUUCAACCAGUUCGACAAAUGCAAGUCGACACCACUGAGUUUUCCGCUUUUAAAGCGAUUUUCUUCCUAAAUCCAGAUGCUGAUGAUCUAAAUCCCACAUCAAAGCCGAUUCUUUCGGAAGGUCGAAGCGCAAUCACGAAUGCUCUUUACAGAUACAUGGUGAAAAGGAAAGGAGCUGAAGAUGCCGGUGAUAGAUUCGGUCGUGUCCUCCUCCUUGGCACAGUUUUAGCCACAAUGGCUGUUGAAAUGCGAGAAGCGGUGGUGGUCGCCGAUUUCUUCGAUCAAAUCAAAUUCUCUCCAUUCGCUAAACAAUUGCUUUUUGGCUCAAAAAUCGAAACCCAUUCGUUCGAA